AAGGACCGAAUACUUGGGACCAGCAUUGAUAGUCCCUUGUAUACUCAUCUCAUGGACUUUUGGAUUGAGGCAAAUGAGUGAGUGUAUCAGGAGCAUCCUUUGAUGGUGUCGCAGGAUGGUUUUUGAUACAGGAAGGGUGAAGGCAGGUAAAGAAAUGUCUAUAAAGCAUCAAUGCAGAACUGAAGAGCACAUUCUUCAUCUCGAUCUUUACUACUUCCUGUGCAUACUUUUAAUUCUGUUCAAAGCAAUCAUGAUGUACUCAAACCAUUUCUUACCACUCGGAAUUUCCCUCCUUUUGGCUAUUCCUGCUAUUAACGCCCAAUAUUUUCUUGCAGCCACGUACAACGCGGCUAAUUUCUUUGAUGACUUUACAUUCUUCACUGCAGCUGAUCCAACAGAAGGAUAUGUUAUAUAUGAACCACUCGCCGCUGCUGAAGAAGCCGGUCUGGUAUCGACAGCAAAUAAUCAGGUAUAUUUAGGAGUGGAUCAUACAACACUUAAUCCGAGCGGAGGACGCGAGAGCGUCCGAUUAAGCAGUAACCAGGCAUGGAGUAAAGGUAUGGGAAUCUCACAAAUAUAGACAGAGAGAACGCUCAUCAGUCAAGGCGUUUUCAUCGCAGAUAUUGAACAUAUGCCUGCCGGAAUUUGUGGGAUCUGGCCGGCAUUCUGGAUGUUUGGUGCAAAUUGGCCAAAUAACGGGUAUGUUUCCAGUGUUCCCAAGUAAGCCAUAAGGGUUGACAAAUCUCUAGAGAGAUCGAUAUCAUUGAGGGAGUCAAUCUCGGAACAACUGAUACAAUAACACUUCACACCGCCGCUGGUUGUACAGUUAGCAACGUAAAUUCGCAGAGUGGAACGACCACUUUGACGACGAACUGUAAUCAAGACAAUGCGGGCACAGGAUGUAGUGUUAGUACAUCGGUAUGUCGAGAGUCAAAUGACACCAACUCUGAUUAUAAAAUCUAACCAACGACUUUAGAGCAACCUGAAUUAUGGCACAGGCUUUAAUUCAAUUGGCGGUGGUGUAUAUGCGAUGCAGUGGGCUAGCACUGGCAUUUACGUCUGGUUCUGGCCUCGAGGUUCCAUCCCAGCUGAUAUCACUGCCAAUGAUAUCGAUGUCAGUUCCUGGGGAACCCCUCUAGCAACUUUCACUGGUAGUGGUUGUGAUUUUGAUACGUCCUUCGCGAAUCAAAACAUAGUAUUUGACACAACAUUCUGUGGGACUUGGGCGGGAAGUGUCUGGUCUUCAGGAUCUUGUGCUAGUGCGGCAUCCACUUGCGAUGCUUAUGUUGCGGAGAAUCCCAGUGCCUUCAGUAAUGCUUACUGGUUGGUCAAUUAUGUUCAGGUCUGGCAAUAAAUGGAUAAGGGAUUGGCAGUCGUUUUUGAGGAUGCGAGAAAUUUGGGUAGUUCUGUACAUAGCUUUCUAUAAAUACCGUGUAACACACUUGCCGAGUACGUAGAGGAAGGGCAGAGUAUUCAAUCUUAUGAAUACAAAUUUUGUUCCUUCAGCCAUACAUGGCGCAGAAGACUUU